AUGGGCGAUCUGGGCUGCGACAUGGCCAUGCGCCCACGGCGAAUUGAAGCGGCACAUCGGCGUGCGCCUACUCCUUUUGCGACCAAGGCAGUGGCAGAGGGCUUGGAGGCUCCAAGUGAAGCUGGUGAUGAGCUGGGUCAGCCAGGGCUCUACGGUCAGUGCCAAGGCAACGCCACGCGAUCGGAGUUCGCGAUCGGAUGCCUCGAGCCCUCUCUGACGCAGGGCCCGCGGCAACCUGUGGGCGCCGAUGGCCCGCAGGACAUCCUUGGCCUGCCUCCCUGGGCUUUAGCGGGCAUCCUGGUGGUGCUGGGCCUGUUGUGCCUGGCCUUGCCCUUGCUCUACUGGUUCUGGAGGCAGUCCAACCUGCGGAAGGAGUACAUCCCACGGGAGCCGCCGAAUGUGCAAGGAUUCGUGCACGAGGUGGUGAGAGAGGCGACUGCCAGCGGCACGCUGCAGCAGAGCCGCCUUGGGCGGAGCUGA